CCGAGCAGCCUGUGUGCUCCAUACUCCAAAACAGCUCGGCACGGCGCGGCGCGGCUCGGGCAUCACCCUGGGAAUAGAGAAAUACCUGGAAAGGAAGGUUUGAGCGGAAACAGGCCUCAACAGCAGCUUCGUGUUUUUGAUUUUUUUGCACACAAGCAAGGACGGGGGGAGUGCGCCCACCGCGUUGCGGGUGUAUGUGCGUGCGUUUGGAUCACGAUGAUGCAAAGUGCGGCGGUCCUACCGACAGAGAGUCCUGUAAAGAGUUUACCGGAGAUUCUCGGUGUGCCACUGCAGCAGAUCCCUCAGUGUGCAGGCUGCAGUCAGCACAUCCUGGAUAAGUUCAUCCUGAAGGUGCUGGACAGGCAAUGGCACUCCAAGUGCCUCAAGUGCGCAGACUGCCAGACCCCGCUGGCGGAUAAAUGCUUCUCCCGGGCGGGCAGCGUGUACUGCAAGGAGGACUUCUUCAAGCGUUUUGGGACGAAGUGUGCGUCAUGCCAGCAGGGCAUCCCUCCGACGCAGGUGGUGCGGAAGGCGCAGGACUUUGUGUAUCACCUGCACUGCUUCGCCUGCAUCAUGUGCAGCAGACAGCUGGCCACCGGGGACGAGUUUUACCUCAUGGAGGACGGGAGGCUGGUGUGCAAGGUGGAUUACGAGACCGCCAAACAGAACGAUGAUUCAGAGGGUGGGACAAAACGACCAAGGACCACCAUCACCGCAAAGCAGCUGGAGACCCUCAAAAGUGCCUACAAAAACUCGCCAAAGCCUGCCCGCCACGUCAGAGAGCAGCUUUCCUCUGAGACAGGCCUGGAUAUGAGAGUUGUGCAGGUUUGGUUCCAGAACCGGCGAGCCAAGGAAAAGCGUCUAAAGAAAGACGCCGGCCGCCACCGCUGGACUCAAUUCUAUAAAAGUGUCAAACGCAGCAGAGGAGGAACUAAGGUGGAGAAGGAGAGCUCAGCCGACGAUGCAGGGCUCAGCGACAGUGAGCUGAGCUUCAGAGACGACCAAGUCCUGUCCGAUCUCAGCCACGCAAACGGCCUCUACGGGAGCGUGGGUGACAUGACCAGCGGCGCAGUCCUGAACGGCGGCUUCUCCGUCGACGCGGCGGGACAGCCCUACCAAGACAUCCGACCAGGGAGCCCUUACGGUCUCCCCCAGUCUCCGUCCUCCAUCGCCUCCCUGCCCGGCCACACACCUCUCCUCAACAACCUGACCUUCAACAUGGACAGUCUGGUGGUGCAGGGGGGGCCCGGAGGCGUGGGACAGGCUCUGAGGGCCAUGGUGGGGGGCCCCACCUCAGACCUCUCCACAGGCAGCAGUACGGGAUACCCAGACUUCCCCACUAGCCCGGCCUCGUGGCUGGAUGAGAUGGACCAUUCCCAGUUCUGAGCCCCCAGCUCAGUU